AUGCACACGUUGAAGAGGGACAACGUUGAAGAUUUGGGGAAAUCUCAACAACAAGCGAAAAUGAGCGAAACGGACCUCUUGAGCGGCAGCGAUGAACAAAUGCCCGUCAAUGAGUCGAUCCUCGACGAGGAGCUUGCCAAGAUCGGCCCCUCCACCUCGAAGCGGAUGAAAUUGGAUCACGAGGAUCGAUCUGUAACUGCAACGCGUAUCACGAGACGAAGCGCAAGAAUGGGCGGAGCGAAAAACAGCUACGAGACGGACACCUCUACGGAGCAAUCAAACAUCAACGAAAAGUCGAGCAAAGAUUUGCCAGUGACAAAGGAAGUAGCAAAAGCCACAGCUGGCGGCAGCAUGGACGUUGGCAAGCCCGCUUUACAGCAGCAAGGAGAAACCCGAGAAGAACGCCUGAAGCGUCGCCAGAAAGACGACUCGAAUGAGAAGGAUGACGAGGAAAAGAGCAACAAUCAGCAGGAUUUGGAGGACGAAGUCGACGAGGAGAGCCCUGGAAAGCCGAACAAACAGCGGGCAACGAUUCAUCUCCUCGACAAGAGUACCCAAUCGAAGAUCAAAGUCGGACAGCAACACCAGGCCGUCCUCACUGCGUAUGGAAACAAAUCCAAUUCUCUUGUCGAGGAUCGUGAAGAUCGGGAUCAAGCUCUCUGGAUUCCACCACUUGCAAACGGGGAGCUCACCGCUAGCGAUCUCGACAAAUACAUUGAGGAAGCGAUGACCCUGCAUAUGAUGCCACUUGAUCGAGCUCUUUUCAUCUUGCUCAAAAGUGAUCAUAACUUGGAGCUAGCUCGGGAGAGGCUUGCAAAGCGAAAACUCAUUCGUGAUGAAUGGUCACAUGAUGAUUCUGUCGUCUUUCAAAAUGCUUUCAACUACUAUGGGAAAAACUUCAAGAUCAUUCAGAAAGCUCUUCCACAUCGUACGAUCAACUCAAUCGUCAAUCAUUACUACAAUAUCAAGAAGUCAUCCAGCUCAAAGCUCAAUCCAAUGAAGAACGAGAACGAUGAUGAUCGAUUGGAAGAAUUUGAUGAUGCCGAGUUUGGAUGCUGUGAACAUUGCGAAGAGAAGCCGACAAAAGUGCUGUACACGAGCGGGGGACGCUUGUGCUCGCCAUGCUUUGUUUACUAUACUGUCAUGCACAAGUAUCGACCCAUUGACGGCGCUUCAAAGGUUGCUCCACAAUAUCGACAAGAAGCUCGUUGUCCAUCUGACAUGACUGAUGUGGUGUUGGAAUUCGAGGAAUUGUACAAACAAGCGACUCAAGAUGCAAAGGACACUAAUUUGGAAUUUGGAACGGCUUCUUCAUCCGCCGGCUCAGUGGUACGCUCGAUCGAGUCUCUCAUUGAAGAACGUGAUCAACAAGUUCGUGCGCGAAUCGAUGGCAUGCGCCAGAAAGUGUUUGCCACCAACGAACGCAUAAGAGCUCUCCAGAAGAAUUUGGCCGGUGGUUGGGAAACCUAUCGACACUUUGUGCAAAAGGAAAAACAGGAAGAAGAGGAGAACAAGGGUCGAAGGCAACGCUUCGAUUACAAAUGGACUGAAAAUGAGAAGAAAAUGGCAUUCCAUUUGAUCGCUCGCUAUGGUCUCGAGGGCUUGAGCACGGUGGCGCAUAUCUUGCAGACGAAAAAUGUCGACCAAGUGAAAGCGUUCAUCAAGGAGAAUGAGGAGACCAUCCAGAAGUACCUGUUCACCAUUGAGACUGAAGAGGAGAACAUAGCCAAGAAGAUGAACAUUGAUGAUGAGCUGUCACGAGAUGACGAUGACGAUGUCGUGGUGCUGGAC